CUCAUUAUUCAGAGACAGACGGAUCUCAGGUCAUCUGCAGCUGCAGCAAAGGAGAAGCAGGAAAGAUGGCGAUCAUCCAUUAGACCGACCGGGCGCACGCAUGAAAUACGAGGACAACUUUUGGGAGGAUCGCUUGAGGAGAAGAUUGUACCAGUUUCCCUGAUUUUCCAGGGAGUGCUCCCUCUUUUCAGUGAUGGAGGUAUUGCAGUGUGACGGCUGUGACUUCCGUGCCGAGUCAUAUGAUGACUUGAAGACCCACAUUCAGGAAGUGCACACGGUUUUCCUGCAGCCUGCAGAUGCAGAUGAGUCGAACUCUUUGAAAGACGAGGACGAAGAUGAGGAGGAAGAAGAGGAAUUUGACGAGAAGGAUGAACGGGAUUAUUCAUCUCCUAAAGCUGGAAUGAGCCCCAAUACUACUGACAAUUCCAACCCAACACCACAAAAGCAGACAGCUGAAACCCACCUGCCGUUUUUCCAGUGCAAGUUCUGUGUCCGUUACUUCAGAUCGAAGUCAUUCUUAAGAAACCACACCAAAAAAGUGCAUAAUGAUGUUGAGGAAGAUUCAGAUGCAAGUAUCUCCCCGCAGACAGCCGAGCAGCUCAGCUACACCAUUAUUAUGCACAAUGACAAUUCAAAAGUGUAUUCCUGUCAGUAUUGCACAUACAAGUCUCCACGCAAAGCAAGAAUAAUAAAACACCAACUAAUGUAUCACAAUAAGGUUCCCUCAGAGAGCGCUGGAGAUCCUUUAGAAUACGAUGAACCAGGAGAGGAAUCAGACUCAGCCAGUGGACUCAUGAAGGGAACAUUUGCCUGUGAAUGGUGUGACUAUCAGACUGACCAGAAGGACAGCUGGACUAAUCACGUCGUGAAGGAACACAGUGACAAGGUCAAGAUAGUUUCCUGCGUAGACGAGCUGGAAGGUGAAGCAAGUGCAAGCUCACCCAAACCAGAUUCUCCCUCUGCCUCCCAAAGCCCAACUAGAUCAAAGUUGGGUUUCAAUGAGGUCGAAGGUGAGGAAGAGGCGGAAGGAAAAACAGAAGAAAACACGUCGGAGAAGUCAGUCCCAGAAAUCUCAUCCUUUCAGUAUGCACAUAUUAGUGCAGUAACACCCAACAGCACAGGUUCCUCCAUUUUGUCCAAGAGGUUCGCUUCAUCUGACGUCUCCAAUAGUGUCGUAGAGCCGGAAGCCAACUUACUCAAUGAAGAAGACUCUAGGAGCAGCUUAGAGAUGGAUGAUGAGGAAGAGUUGGGCGAUAUAGAUGAUCCCAGCUAUACUGGGACCCUGUCAGCAGAUGCAAAGCAGCUUUUAACUGAUGAGGACAAUAAAUUACUGGAGACUAAAGGAAUACCAUUUAGAAAGUACAUGAACCGUUUUCAGUGCCCUUUCUGCUCCUUCCUCACCAUGCACAGGCGAAGCAUCUCCCGGCACAUUGAAAAUAUUCACCUUUCUGGUAAAACUACAGUGUAUAAAUGUGAUGAAUGCCCGUUUAUUUGCACCAGCCCUCUUAAACUAGGCACGCACAAACAGAGCCACAUAUCCUCAGAUUUAGACACCAUGGACCUAACAAGCGGAAGUCCAGAUUCUCACAAUGACAAUGCUGCAGAGCCAGUUAAUGGGGGUUGUGCAAGUUCCAAAGUCAACGGCAAAAGGAUAACCAGCACACCGAACGACCAGCAGAACCCUCAUCGCUGCACACUCUGCAGCUUCUCUACCACCACUCUGAAAGGUCUGAGGGUUCACCAGCAGCAUAAGCAUUCCUACUGUGAUGACCUAGAUCCCACUGUCUUUGAAAACCAGCUGACUGACCAGCCGGACUCUGAAGUGGACGCUUCUCCGAUCUUUUUACAAAAAACCCAGACCUCGAUUUUAGGACUUGCCACCAAAAAGCCCUUAGUAACAGGGAAAAGGGCCAGGAAGUCCAUUAAUGAUUUGCCUUUGGAUUUGUCCUCGGUUAAGAAGAGAACUAGAAUUGAUGAAAUUGCCAGUAACCUUCAAAGUAAGAUAAGCCAAAGCCAACAGGACAUGAUCAUAAACCUAGAUGACAUGGAUGAUGAAGAUGCAGGUGAAAAUCACACCAGUGCUGAUGGAGAAGGUAGAAACCAUGACAAUAAAAACUUCACUUAUAACACACAGCAGCUUCAUGCAAGAGAUUUAAUGAUCUCUCACGAGGGAGGCCGAAUAGGGAAAAGAAAAAGCAACCCUAAGUCAAAACCUAGAAACAUUCCUAUAUCACUAACUCUUUCAGAUGAUUGUGAAAACAUCUCUGUUGACCCCAGUGACGGUGCUAUCCAAGAGAACGCUGAUUAUUCAGAGGAUCAGGGAACUACACGUUUCUACUGCAAACACUGUGAUUACCACAACAAAUCAGCGCGUAGCGUCAGCACCCAUUACCAGAGGAUGCACCCUUACAUAAAAUUCAGCUUUAAGUACAUCCUGGACCCCGAGGACCAGAGUGCGGUCUUCCGCUGCUUAGAGUGCUACAUUGAAUACACAAAUUACAAUGAUCUGCAUCAACACUACAUGGAUCACCACCCUGAAGCAAGCAAUGUGCUCAACUUCAAUCAACCAGAUCUGGUAUACAUGUGCCGCUUUUGUUCGUACACAAGUCCCAAUGUCAGGAGCCUGAUGCCCCAUUACCAAAGAAUGCACCCAACAGUGAAAAUCAACAAUGCAAUGAUCUUCUCCAGCUAUGUAGUGGAGCAGUCCCACAAAACGGGUGAAUCGCAAACCCUGAGGGAAAUACUAAACUCUGGCCCCAAGAAUUUGAACUCAGCCGCUUCGACCCCAAGGUCAUCCUCCAGCCCAGUGCCCAAAACGGUCUCCAAGACCCCUGAAGCCAGUGCUGAGGCAGACGCUCUCAAAGAACCUAUGGGUGGCAAUGUUGUUGUGUAUGAUUGUGAUGUGUGUUCUUUUGCUAGCCCCAACAUGCACUCUGUGUUGGUCCACUAUCAGAAGAAACAUCCAGAGCAAAAGGCGUCUUAUUUCCGUAUACAGAAAACCAUGAAGGUCAUCUCGGUGGAUCAAUCGCAGCCUGUUGCAAACUCUUCAUAUAAUCUCAACAUGGCUACGCCUCCAAAACAACCAAGCGCAGCACUGUAUGGAUCAGAUGAAGAAAUGUACUACUGUAAACAUUGCGUGUACAGCAACAGAUCUGUUGUUGGUGUGUUGGUCCAUUAUCAAAAGAGACACCCAGAAGUGAAAGUGACAGCAAAAUAUAUCAAACAUGGCGCUCCGACUCCUGGUUUGAUGAAAUUAAUGGAUGAAUUGCAGAUUGCGACUCCCAAACAUUUUUUGAAGCAGUUUCAAAAUAACGGUCACGAUGGAUCUAAUAACACAAGCCCUAAACCCGGAAGUGGUGAGAAAGGAGAGGAUGAGCUGUUUUUCUGUCAGCACUGUGAUUAUGGAAAUCGCACUGUAAAAGGAGUGCUUAUUCAUUACCAGAAGAAGCAUAGGGAAACCAAGGCCAACGCUGACCUUGUACGUCGUCACACUGCAGUUGUCCGGAGUCAGCGCGAGCGCGCACAGAUGGUUCAGUCGAGCAGUGUCUCUUCUGCCUUGAUCCCAGCUCCCCCGGACCCUGAAAACACUACAACCCUGCGCUCCCUGAAGUGUAGACACUGUUCAUACACAUCCCCCUACGUCUACGCCCUAAAGAAGCAUCUGAAGAAAGAGCACCCCACUGUGAAAGCCACAGCCAUGACCAUUUUACACUGGGCUUAUCAAGAUGGCAUUCUGGAGGCUGGCUACCACUGUGAGUGGUGCAUUUACUCCCACGCUGAACCCCAAGGCCUGCUGCUCCAUUACCAAAGACGCCAUCCUGAGCACAAUGUUGAUUACACAUACAUGGCCAGCAAGCUAUGGGCUGGACCUGAGACCACUCAACAAGGGGCCAAUAUGGAAACUAAACAUUACAAAUGCAGAGACUGUGCCUUUGAGGCCUGUACAAUAUGGGACAUCACUAGCCACUAUCAGGUAGUGCACCCUUGGGCCAUUAAAGAGGAUGAAUCUGUGCUUUUAGAUAUUAUCAAAGGGAAUGGCCCAGCUGAAAAUAUACACCAGCUGGUUGCCCAAGAACAUGUUUCUUUCAAUUGCCAAUCUGUUGAAGAUGAUGGAGCACAGGUCAUGGUCACAACACCUCAAGAAAGCAGUCCCCAUCCUACCCACCCACGUCUUUCCAUCUCAAACAAUCCUUAUCAGUGCACUGUGUGUCUGUCAGAGUACAACAGUCUCCAUGGCCUCCUCACUCACUACGGAAAGAAGCACCCAGGUAUGAAAGUAAAAGCUGCAGAUUUUGCACAGGAGGCAGACAUCAACCCCAGUUCUGUGUAUAAAUGUCGUCACUGUCCAUAUGUAAACUCCCGAAUCCACGGUGUCCUAACUCACUAUCAGAAGAGACACCCAUUAGUGAAAGUUACUGCAGAAGACUUUGCGGAUGACAUAGAGCAAAUCCCUGAUGUAAAUGAAGGAGACGACAAGUGCAAAACUCAAAGGCAAGGCUACGGCGCAUACAGAUGCAAAAUCUGCCCCUACACGCAUGGGACACUGGAGAAACUCAAAAUCCAUUAUGAGAAAUAUCACAAUCAGUCGGCCUCUGAAAUGUUCGCUCCCUCUCUGACAUAUUUCUCUCCCGGUAGAGAAACAGAGCCAGUGGCUGAAUGCAGCGCUGGUAAUAUAUCAAGUGCAGGAAAAGUCCAGGAGGUCAGUGAAUUGGACCUUGCCCUCUCCCAGUUACCCAUCAAUAAGACUGAGAAGCAUGCUAUAUUCAAGUGUCAGCUCUGCAAAUACUUCUGCUCCACCAGGAAAGGCAUCGCUCGUCACUACCGUAUCAAGCACAACAACGUCCGUGCUCAGCCGGAGGGUAAAAACAAUGUCUUCAAAUGUGCUCUGUGUUCGUACACGAACCCUAUACGCAAAGGUCUGGCAGCACACUACCAGAAGCGGCACGAUAUCGAUGCCUAUUACACCCAUUGUCUGGCUGCUUCCAAAACUAUGACCGAAACGCCUAACAAAGUGAUAGCACCCCCACCGCCAGAAGCUGACAAUUCAGAAAUGAGUGAAGACUUGCGUUUGGCAGUGGAGAGACGAAAGUGUUCUCUUUGCGCCUUCCAGGCCUUCAGCAGGAAGAGCAUUGUCUCACACUACAUUAAACGCCACCCAGGUGUCUUCCCCAAGAAGCAGCACUCUAGCAAGCUUGGCCGCUACUUUACCGUUAUCUAUGCCAAAGAACCUGAGAAGGUUGCUGUCAGUACAGUGGCAGAGGAUGACAAAGAAGAGCUGGAGGUUCAGCCCAAACCCGAGCAGGACAGAGAGGUCGAAUGGCUGCCGUUCAAGUGUCUAAAAUGCUUCCAGUUGUCCUUCAGCACAGGCGAGCUGCUCUCUAUGCACUACAACGAUCACCACAGCAAUGACUUGAAGAGAGACUUUGUGGUAUCGCCCGUACCCGAGGAGGAAGACUCCGAGUUGUACAAGUGUACUCACUGUGAGCUGAAGUUCCUUGCUCUGCCGAUUCUCGCGAAACAUCUAUUGAACCACAAUGAGGAGUUUCAGAAGAGGGCCAUGAGGCAGGAGAGGAGGAGGCAGCUGCUCAGCAAACACAAAACCGCAGAACUUCCCGAGACCAAGCCUGAGAAGGAAAACCCUGUAAAUAAAGCUCCCAUAGGAUUCAGGUGUAACUUCUGCAUAGAGAUGCACCCCACCCUCCGAGCCAUCUGCAACCACCUUAGGAAGCACGUCCAGUAUGGAGAGGUCAAAGAGGGACAUGUGAAGCAGGAAGUCAGCGAGGUCCCCCUGACCCUGCCUUCAGAGACCCUGACUAACGGCGACCUCGACAGGGAUGAAGCAGCUGAAUUGGACGCCCUCGAGAGACCCGCGGCUACAAUGAUGGGUCCACCCUUGGUUUCCACAGCUUCAGCUGGUGGUCUCGUUGCCGCGGAGACACUGGAACCAGAAACUAAUGCUGUUGAAGGACGGGGAGCUGCCCUCGUGGCUGCAGCGAGGGCCGUUGUGGCAGAGGGCGAACUGAAGCAGCGAUUAGCAGCAGGGGGUCACCCAUGUGCCCAGUGCGACAGAGUCUUCAUGUCCAUGCAGGGAUUGAGGUCCCAUGAGAGGAGCCACUCAGCCAUGGCGCUUUUCAGCCGAGAAGACAAAUACAGCUGCCAGUACUGCCAGUUCGUCUCACCCUUCAGACACAAUCUGGACAGACAUGUGCAGUCUCACCAUGGGCACCACAAGCCCUUCAAGUGCAAACUCUGCCCCUUUAAAUCUGCCUACGUGAGUCGCUUGAAGAGCCACCUGAAUAAGGCACACACAGGUGAGCAGCACACAUACCAGUGCUUGUCUUGCCCCUUCUCCUCUAUGACCAUCAGCCAGCUGAAGGAGCACUCUCUGAGAGACCAUGGAGAGGCCCUGACCCUCCCCAAACUCCGGGCUGCUACCCAGGCUGCUCACGGCGCCCUCAGGCCCUCACGGCUGGCCGGUAACACAGAGCAGAAUCCGUUGGCUCUGGAUGAUCCGUCAUACCUGGAGCCAGCUGAUGUUCGUCAGCAGCUUAGUCAUUACCAGCUGGCCUCCCGCAGUCAACUGUCUUCUGGCUCAACGGCGGCUGAUAAUCGACCAGACAGCGUCCUCACUUGUGAGUUUUGUGAGUUCAGCUCUGGAUACAUGCAGAGCCUGCGUCGGCACUACAGGGACCGCCACGGUGGCAAGAAGCUCUUCAAGUGUAAAGACUGUUCCUUUUUCACCUGCUACAAGAAUACCUUCACCAUGCAUGUGGAGGCCGGUCACAACAACAUUGCACCUGAUAACCUCCCUAAAGACCUGCGCUGCCCUCUCUGCCUCUACCACACCAAACAUAAGAGCAAUAUGAUUGACCACAUUGUCCUGCACAGAGAGGAGCGUGUGGCUCCACUGGAGGUCAGCCGCUCCAAGCUGUCGCGCCACCUGCAGGGCCUCGUUUUCCGUUGCCACAAAUGCACCUUCACAUGCUCCAGUGACCAGGCCCUGCAGCUGCACCUGCAGAAGCAUGCUGAGAUCAAACCCUACCAGUGCCAGCUCUGCUAUUACGACAGCAGCCAACGGAGCCAGCUAGAGGAGCAUCUACGCCUUGAGCACAAGGUUAUCCGCAACUUCGAGCUGAUGGGCCGCGUCAACCUGGACCAGCUGGAGUUGAUAAAGGAUCAAGGGAGCAGCGCAGAGGAGGACGAGGAAAGAGAAAUGAUGGAGAUGGUUGGUGAUGGAAAAGUAGCUGCACACGAGGAGGAGGAAUACGACGACGAAGGAAUGGAGAUUAUGGAGAACAUGGUGGAGGAACAGAGAGGGAUAGAUGAUGACGAGAUAGAGGACAACUUCAAAGAGGAAGAGGAGGAGGAGGAGGAAGAAGAUGAGGAGGAUGUCAGGGGGGUGGAGGAGGAGGAGAAGCCCAGCCUACAAGAGGUCCUUGCAUCUCCCACCAGCAGCAGCAGCAGCAACACCUCUGCGCCCAGCAGUGCAGAGAAACGUCUUCCCUGUGAGUUCUGUGGCCGCUGCUUCACUAACAGCCUCGAGUGGGAGCGUCAUGUCCUUCGACACGGCAUGACGGUCAAUAACAGUAACAUGGACAACAGCACCACCUCCGCAUUUGAGGCCUCAGCUUCAUCUUCCACCGGCUCCUCUGUCUUGAUGGACACAGGAUUGGACGCGUCCAGCAAUGGCAAUGAGGAAGGGAACCCCGCUGAUCUCUCACUGAGCAGUCCAAACCAGUACGUGGAAGGCAAACAAAUGCUUGACACCAAAAAGGAUCAACAGUUUGGUUGAAGUGAUUGUGGCCCGUUGGGAUACUGUGCUGGAAACUGAUGACCAUGGGUAGGAUCGGCACCGAGCUGAAUCGUAAAAUAGGACGUUAAAGGAAAGAAAAAGAUUGAAACUGAAAAAAAAGUGACUUCUUAUGAGUUGGCGCAUUACUAGAUUUUAGGUGUUACAUAUUUAAGUAUUAGAUUGUUCUUCAUAAAACGGCUGAGCUCUUUAAAUGGGCAGUCCCCUAGGACAGAUCUUAAUAUAUUGGUAACCAAUAGUGAACAGAACUCUUUAUUGCUGACAUUCUGGUCAAAUCUACAGUGAAAGAUCCCACCUAGAUGAAACGAAGCUAUUUAUAGAGAAAGAUGUCCCAAAUGAUUAACUAAAUUUAGUAUUUUAUUAUUUGAAGCACCUUUUACGCUCCCCCCAAAAACAGGGGGACUGUAGAUUUACCCAAAUGGAACAAACAUGAUAUGAAAGCAUUUAAAACCGUGGCCCACUGUAGAGCUACCUAUUCCUGUUUCUUGUCGAAAUUUGAGACUUUUUUUCAUCUUAGCCUGUGUGUUAAGUGUGUAGAAGUAUUCCUCGAGAAAGAAUCGCACCUUAUCUAUUUUAGUAAAACCACAAAACAUGUUUUCUUUAUUCGUAGAAAUACUGACAAUUUCCCCCCCAAUGUUUGUAGCAAAUUGCUAUAUUUUAGGUCCUUUAAUAUUAUACUACGUAUAAGCCUUUCAGCCUGUGGCACCCUUUGCAUUUUGACUGUACUAUUUCAUUGUCCAGUAAUUUCACGUGAUGGAAUAAUGGAAAUAAUGGUUAAAAUGCCCCUUACCCUGUAAGAUAUAUUGUUUGUAGUCCGGGUUAAACAAUAUCAACCUGUGCACUCAGAUGAUCAAUAUAACAACAGAGAUAUGUUCAAUGUGUCAUGACUGUAUCCACAUGAUAUAGGUAUCCGUUAAACUGAGCAUACCAAGAGUUAACCUGGAGCAUAACUACAGGUUUUCAUAACAGUGGCGUAAUAAAUUGUCAUCAUUAUAAAUAGACAGAAAUCACACUUGUCUUUUCAGUGAAAUAAUUAAUAAUUGGACGUGCAUCAAAAUGACAAUUAAAUGCAAAGUUUUGACGAGGCUGACCACCACGGCUGAGUGUUGAAGCCAGUGCGUAAGUGCCUUAACAGUCCAGUUCCUCUAAUGGCCACUAGAUGGCUUUAAUUGCUUUUUUAUUUUUUUUAAAGUCAGCUAGUUUGAAGUAACCAGGAAAUCAACCCCAAUCUCUCUUUAAAUUGUUUUCCAGAAUAAUUUAUGGCCUCAACAGCUAAAUUUACUUCUACUAAUUUGUGUCUUUGUGGCAAUUCUGACAGUCAUUGUUUAAAUACAAUCUGAUUACAUCAAAUUAGAUUGGAUUUUAUUGUAAUUGCACAGAGUUUUAAUACAACGACGUAGUGCAAUCAGCAGCAAAGAGGAUGUUGAGGCCUGAAGUGUUGGUUUGACCUGAUUCCCAAAAAUAUAUAUUCUAAUCAACCCUUUCAGGUAAUUAUACAUGCAGAGAGCUUUGUUUUUUUGGCCAAAGUCUUGAGAUAUCCAUCUCUGAGAUUUCUGCUGAUUCAAUAGAAGUAGGUGGAAUUGAAUUUGUUAUACUUACAGCAUCUAAGAAAUUGAGUAGAUUUCAGUGGAACGACUUUCUACCAAACAAAAAGUCCCGAUGAAAACUGUUGAUAGUUUGAUCUGAGUGUUGUAUUAUAUUAUCCAAAGUGAAAGGGAAGGCUGUUUAUGGAAAUUCAAUGCUUAACUGGGUAUUAUUUGGAGCCAUGUUUGCUUGAUUGACAGAUGUCUCUGUCUUUCACAGUCAGCCCUGGUGAUUACAUGAACUCCAUCCCGGCCCCUCUAUAUCAGCCACAUUCAGAUUUUUAGGCUACAAAUGACUGACAGGCUGGCAUUAACCAUAAAACUCAAAUCUUGACCUUGAGACCUCCCUUCAGAAACGUAUGGCGGAUGCCACAGACAAAUUAGAUUUGCUUUUUUGCAGUCUGUGGUCCAGUUCUUUAGUAAUGGGAUUCACUGAAAAGACAAGUGUAACCAGCACUGAAAACCUUAAAUCAUUGGUUUCCACAUAGAGUCUAUUCUCCACUGGGACUCUAUGUUGACUUUUGAAAAGGUAUAAAAUCCCCCAACUUAAGCUCCUUUAAAUACUGUAUUGGCACAACUGUCAUAGCCUGGAUAUGUGUGCUUCUUUUAAGAUGAAGUUGUCAUGUUAUUGUUGAUACUGACAAAAGGCAGAGAUUGUAUAUGUUGAAAGUUGCUGCUUGAAUACCCUAAAGCCUUAUAAGAUAAUAAAUAGCAAUUAAGUCAAAUGUAAGCCCAAUUCCAAUGAGACCAAUAAGCAACAUGAAACAAUCGGAAAUUUUAACUUUAAAAUACAAUUUUUAAAAAGGGCACAAUUAUUGUAAUUGUGUUCUUGGUACCAAAAUAUUUACCAAGACUGCUGUGUUUGCUGCUGUGUCUAUCCUGAGCAUUAAACCAUUGAUGGAAAUGGGAAAUUUGGGUUUUGGAACCCAGGCGAACCAUGUUUGCAGCCAUGUAUAGAAAACAAACCUAUUUGUUAAGUGUUUGAACCGUGGUGUUUCAGAAAGGAUAAUUUAACCCUUUUUCCUUUAGGUGUUUUCAUUUUUUUUAAAGAAGAAAAAAAAAGAAAACUAAAAAUGAUAGCUAACCCUUAGGGAGCUUUUUUGAAUCCCCAAUCCAACAUUAUUACGCUGUUGUACAAUGUCUGGUUACAAUGAAAAUAUCUCCUUUUCUGUACUGUAAUGGGAAUGAGCAGAUAGGAAGAGUAGUGUGGUUGUACAAUAUUUAAACACAUGAAGGAAAAGUAUGCAGUUCGCUAUUAAUUAAUGGCCUGGGCUUUUAUUGUGAAGAAGAAGGAAUACUAGGCAAAGUAAGAGACAAGAAAAGGGGCAUUUAUCUAAACUGCUUGGUCUUUUUCUGGGCUUGGCCAGUCGACCUAUAGAUCCCUCUGAGAUCUAGCUGACUCAUGUCCAGUCCAACAUCUGACACUCCAGUAUCUUCUACCCAUGACCAGUAAGGACAUCAGCUCACUUGCUCCAAAUAGGCCUGCCCUUACAUGUAGUCUACCCAGACAACAGAGGUGGGAAUGUAGCAGCCCCACUGUGCUCCUCAGUCCUUGUAAUACCUUAAAAAAAAAAAACUGUUGAGUUGGUGCUGAAUCUCAUAGCCCUUUUUUCUGUUUUUCAGGACCAGCGUGUAGCUUUUUUGAAAGUAAAACUGUUUGAAACCUGUUGUUGUAGAAAUAAGCUUUGUUAAGGCAGCUUGUUGCCCAGCUUGAAAGCCCAGAUGAUAAAUUGGGGACAAUCUGGGUAACGAAGCUGUCGACCCAAAAUUGUUUGUUGUUCUGUGAUCAUUUUUAAUAGAAAAAGACUAUGAAUCCCUCACUGUGUGCAGUCUCUAGACUGUAAUAUUCCCAGUUUACCCAAAGUUAAGACCCUGCUGACAACACACUGGAUACUUGUAUAUAUGUUUAGUUUGUUUCCAAUGAAUUUCUCUUUUCAGACUGUUGUCUCCAUAGUUUGACACUAGAAUCUCUCCUUCUUGCCUUUCUUCCCAUACAAAUCUGAUUACCUGAUGGUGGGUUGUGAUGUUGCCUAGAAUGAUUGUUUACAAUUUUAUUCCAUUUAUCUCUGGAUAUUCUGUAAAUAUUGUAAUUCAUUGUCUUUUUUUAACUUGAUAAUAAAGUUAUCAGAUAACGGUU